AUGAGUACAAGUCGAACACUCAACAACGCGAAAAACAAUGGCGUACACAAUGAUCCAUAUCCAAAUUCUUCGCACAUACCGAGAUCGGCAUCUGAAGCAUUGUCCCGUCCAGCUCCCCGCAGCAAACCGUUAACCCAAGCCCAAAGAGAUUUCCUUGCCAGCGCUCUUCGAGUAAAUCAAGCAGGUGAACUAGCAGCAACCCUGAUUUACACAGCGCAAACACCUGUCGUUGUCGCCUCACAUCCACAUCUUCGGCCACUCAUGAAGCACAUGUACGAUCAGGAAGCUGGUCAUUUCUCAACCUUUAAUUCUCUUAUUGCAAAGCACCGAGUGAGACCAACUGCUAUGUAUCCUGUCUGGACAAUAGCCGCUUCGGCUUUAGGUUGGGGAACUGCAAUCAUGGGCAGAGAAGCCGCUAUGGCUUGCACAGAAGCUGUGGAAACGGAGAUUGGGACACAUUAUAACGAUCAAGUAAAAUGGUUGCUAGGUAUGGCAGAGCAGAUGGAAGCCUCUGGUGAGCAACUGGGAGAUGAUAUCAAAGGCUUGAUCUCGACGAUUCGGCGCAUAAGAGAUGAAGAACUGGAGCAUUUGGAUCACGCCGUGGAGAACGAUGCCAAAAAGGCUGUCCCGCACGAACUCUUAACGAGCUUUAUCAGAGCUGGUUGUCGCGGCGCGAUAUGGGUCAGUGAAAGAGUUUAA